CUUGGGCUCUGCCACAUGGGACUAGGCAAGGAAGCAGCACGAACAAGCAGGAAGUGGCGAGGCAGUUUCCAGCUGGCUUCUCUCCCCUGUCCAGACUUUGGUUUCCUCCCUGCCGGCCUGGCCUGGCUCCCUGGCUCUGUGUGGUAUGGUCACACCCCCACGCACCCCCUCCACUGAGUUGGGGCGGGGAGAGCACUGAGGCUGCUCUUCCUUUCCUGGGCUGACCUCUGAGCAGCAGACGGGGCUGAGUGUUCCCCAGCUCGCCUCUACGCACAGCCCGUGCCACCGCAGCCGACGGCACCAUGAAGGACGAGGUAGCUCUACUGGCCACCGUCACCCUCCUGGGAGUCCUGCUGCAAGCCUACUUCUCCCUGCAGGUGAUCUCGGCGCGCAGGGCCUUCCGCGUGUCGCCGCCGCUCACCACCGGCCCACCCGAGUUCGAGCGCGUCUACCGAGCCCAGGUGAACUGCAGCGAGUACUUCCCGCUAUUCCUCGCCACGCUCUGGGUCGCCGGCAUCUUCUUUCAUGAAGGUCGGGGUGUGGGGCUGGGGCGCACGCGCUGGACCCCCUGGCGGCCGCGCACCACGCUCACGAGGUCCGCGCGCACCUCUCGCAGGGGCGGCGGCGCUGUGCGGCCUGGUCUACCUGUUCUCGCGCCUCCGCUACUUCCAGGGCUACGCCCGCUCCGCGCAGCUCAGGCUGGCACCCCUGUACGCGAGCGCGCGCGCCCUCUGGCUGCUGGUGGCGCUGGCUGCGCUCGGCCUGCUCGCCCACUUCCUCCCGGCCGCGCUGCGCGCCGCGCUCCUCGGACGGCUGCGGACGUUGCUGCCGUGGGCCUGAGACCAAGGCCGCUGGGCCGGCGGAGCCGGGAACGAAGAGCCGGAGCCUCCAGCUGCCCCGGGAAGCGGCGCUCGCCUCCGCAUCCUAGUCUCUAUCAUUAAAGUUCUCGUGACCGAGA